AUGUGCGCAUCUGGACUCAGUGGAUGGACUCAGGGGCGAGGAGCCGAGGGCGACUGUGAAUGGCUGGAUGUCCCCCUCCGUGUGCUGUGUGGAGGUUUGCUGUUUGUCUGUAAUGCAGUGAUGUGGACACUGUUCUCCAAAGCCCUGAGACUCUCCUCCUCUUCAGCCCGAGCCACUGUCACCACAACAGCCUCCAACUUCAUCACCUCAGCUGUGUUUGGUCACUUCAUCUUUGAGGAGACCCAGGACACGUUGUGGUGGAUUGGUCUGUCCCUGACUCUGUGUGGACUGCUGCUUCUCCAUGGAUCUACACCUCCAAGUCUACAGGAAAACGAGGACAAAAAGGACCAAUGA